CUCUGUAAUACUGGAGAGAACAAUGAGGAAAUUGAAUGCUUGACCAAUCGUCUUCUCCAAAUCUUCAUUCCCAUAGCUCAAAAGUUUCAUUUAUCAAUCAAAUCAAUUCCAAUCAAAUUUUAAAUACUUCAAUGAAUUUUAUCAAAUCCUUGAAAAUUUAAAGAAGCAAUGGCAGGAAGCAGUAGGAGCAGUGCAAGGACCCGAACCAAAUCCACCGCUCACAUUACCGACGAUGAAAACGACGCCGUUUCUCUCCGCGGUAACAGAAAACCUAACUUGAAAUCGCUUAAAAGAAGCAAGGAUCGUCAAAAUUUGCUUAAUAUUGCAAAUGUCAAUCUCAAAAUUAUACUCGGAAUCGGUUUGUUAUCGUUCUUGAUUAUUUUUGCGAUGAUUUAUACUCUGGUAAAUCAUGUUGAUGAAGCUCGUGAAAUACCUAGGGUUAUCACUCCGUUUCCCGCGCCCAAACUCAUGGACCUUCCUCAGUUUCAAGGAGAGCAUAAAGAGAGCUUAUACUGGGGCACAUAUCGUCCUCAUGUUUAUCUUGGAAUUCGCGCCAGGACUCCAAAGUCUUUGGUUGCCGGAUUGAUGUGGAUUGGAGUAAAGGAUGGGAGGUAUUUAAUGAGACAUGUUUGUCAAGAUUCUGAUGAUCUUAGCAAAUAUGGAUGGACACAGCAUAAUGGUCGUGAUUUUGGACAUCAAGUGCUGGUUGAUCAUGGAUUGAAGUUAGAAACGAGUUUUUUGAAAUCUAAAAGUGAAGGCAGUGGUUAUGGUGGAGAUUGGGCGGUUCGAAUUGAUGUGCAGCAUGACAAGUCUGACCAGAACAAUGAAAUGCUGCAAAAUGGGCAUUUGUUUUUCUAUUUGGCUAAUGAAGAUGGAAGUGCUCUAAAUCUGGGAAGGGAUAACAUGUAUGAUAUUCAUGAGAACUCUCUUUUGGCAUCAGGUUUGCAUUCAGAUAUUGGAGAUUGGCAGCUACAUAUAGACUCAAAGGAUGUUUCAGAGGUGCACUAUUCUGGCUUCAGGACACCUCAUAUUCACAAUUUGUCUGAUCUUGUCCUACAAAACAUUGGGGCGCAGGUAAGAAGGGUUGGCCAAAUACAACUUCCGGACACAGCUGAAGAUUCUUCAAAUAUCUUAGUGUUUCAGAUCUCUGCUAGGAUUCCGUUCAAAGCAGAUAUUGCCUUUGUGUCUGGAACAGGAGAACAAAAUUCAAAAGUAAAAGCACGUGUAAACGGCCUGACAGGUACCUCAUUAACAAGUCAACUGCAAGAAAAGAAAUCGGACUUUGAUUCCAAGUUCGAGCACCGGUUUAACUUAGCUGGCAAGCUUGAAUCUGAAUCCAUAAUUGUGGGCAAGGCUGCCAUCGCCAAUAUGUUGGGAGGCAUCGGAUACUUCUAUGGCCAGUCUAAAAUCUUCUACCCUAGAAGUACGAAUGAUGAAGAUCAUAAUGAUUUUAUUGCAUAUUGGCCAGCUGAGCUUUACACAGCGGUUCCAAGUCGUCCCUUCUUUCCUAGGGGAUUUUUAUGGGAUGAAGGUUUUCAUCAGCUGUUAAUCUGGCGUUGGGAUAUAAAUAUAUGCUUGGAUAUUCUUGGCCACUGGUUAGAUUUGAUGAACAUUGAUGGAUGGAUCCCACGGGAGCAAAUACUUGGAUCUGAAGCUCUAAGUAAGGUGCCUGAGGAAUUUGUUGUUCAGUAUCCUACUAAUGGAAAUCCUCCAACAUUAUUUUUGGUUAUAAGUGAUCUUAUAGAUGGCAUAAAGGAAAAUAAGUUUACUUCUGCUGAAAGCAGUAAGAUCACUUAUUUCUUAGAGAGGGCUUUUGUUCGUCUUGAAGCUUGGUUUCAGUGGUUCAAUACUACCCAGGCAGGGAAGGAGAUCAGUAGCUAUUUUUGGCAUGGGAGAGACAACUCAACAACUCGUGAACUAAACCCUAAGUCAUUAUCCUCUGGGUUAGAUGAUUAUCCACGGGCUUCCCACCCUAGUAAUGAAGAACGUCACUUGGACCUUAGAUGCUGGAUGCUUCUUGCUGCAAAUUGCAUGCGUUACAUCCAACAGCUAGUAGAGAAAGAAGACAAGUCUGGAAAGGAUUACAGUUCAACAGCCAAGUUACUUUCAGAUUUUGAAUUGCUGAAUCAGAUGCACCUCGAUCCUGCUUAUGGAGCAUAUUUCGAUUUUGGAAAUCAUACCGAAAAGGUUCGGUUAAGUUGGAAAGAAACAAUUGUGGGCAAUGGUUAUCUAAAGCGUGAUCUUGUUCGAGAAGUAUUAGAAAGACCAAAGUUGAGAUUGGUUCCUCAUGUUGGUUAUGUCAGUCUUUUCCCAUUCAUGAGGAGAAUCAUUCCGUCUGAUUCAUGGAUUCUGGAAAAACAACUCGACCUCAUUUCAAACCAGAGUGUCUUGUGGACCAACUAUGGACUCCGAUCUCUUGCCAAAACAAGCUCCAUAUACAUGAAACGCAACACAGAGCAUGACCCACCUUAUUGGCGAGGGCCAAUUUGGAUGAACAUGAAUUACUUGAUUCUUUCAGCUCUCCACCACUACUCAGAAGAAGAUGGACCAUACAGAGAUAGGGCGAAGAAAAUCUAUGACGAACUAAGGAGCAAUCUGAUCGGAAAUGUGGUUCAGAAUUAUCACCAAACAGGAUUUUUAUGGGAACAGUAUGAUCAAAAGAAGGGUAAGGGAAAGGGUGCUCGUCUGUUUACGGGAUGGACAUCACUUGUUCUCCUAAUUAUGGCAGAAGCUUAUGCCUUAUAGCUGAACUAACAAUUUAGAUUCGAAAGACUGACAUCAUUUCUAUAUUAUAGACAUUCAAAUCCAGAGCUAUCGAUAAACAAAAUAUUCGGUGUAUUAAUUUAAUAGUGUGAUUAUGGCACCCAAUUUUGUGAUACUAACAAAAACAAAAAGAAACUAGACUAAUGCUAAUUUCUUGUAUGCAUGCUUGAUUUUGUGUCUUAA